UUCGUGGUCCUCCUGUUGACAGUGCUCCUGGCGGGGCCGUCCACCUCCUGCGGGGGCGGGAACUGCCGUAGGUACUCGGUAGCGGGAAGCAAGCAGCGCAGCCGGGGAGGGCGGUCACCCACCAGCUUCUUCAACAUCGGCGACGCUUUUAAUGGCUUCGGCGGUGGAGACAGCGGCUACGGCGACGUGGGUAACGGAGGUUAUAACGGCGGUGGCUUAAAAGGCGGAGAUGACUACAAUGGAGGUGGCUUCAAAGGCGGAGAUGGCUACAGUGGCGGUGGCUUCAAAGGCGGAGAUGGCUACAAUGGCGGUGGCAUCAAAGGCGGAGAUGGCUACAAUGGCGGUGGCUUCAAAGGCGGAGAUGGCUACAAUGGCGGUGGUUUCAACGGCGGAGACGGCUACAACGGCGGUGAUGAUGGCUACAGUGGAAGCGGUAGUAGCUACAACGGGGGUGGUAGUGGCUACAACGGAGGCGGUAGUGGCUACAGUGGAAGUGGUAGUAGCUACAACGGAGGCGGUAAUAGCUACAACGGAGGCGGUAGUGGCUACAACGGGGGUGGUAAUAGCUACAACGGAGGCGGUAACGGUUACAACGGAGGCGGUAGUGGCUACAACGGGGAUGGUAACAGUUACAACGGCGGUGGUAACAGCUACAACGGAGGCGAUGAUGACUACAACGGAGGCGGUAGUAGCUACAGCAGGGUCGGAGGUAGUUUCAAUGGCGGCAAUGGGGGCUACAGCGGCGGUGGCAACGGUUACAGCGGCGGCGGUGGCAACGGUUACAGCGGCGGUGGUAACGGUUACAGCGGCGGCGGUGGCAACGGUUACAGCGGCGGCGGUGGCAACGGUUACAGCGGCGGCGGUGGCAACGGUUACAGCGGCGGCGGUGGCAACGGUUACAGCGGCGGCGGUGGUGGUUAUAAAAAUAGUGGUUCGGGAAUUUCCAUUGGGAGCAGAGGUUACAGUGGCGGCGUUAGCGGUGACAACGGUGAUGGUUAUAGCGGAGGCAGUAGCAGUAAAGGUAGUGACUACAGCGGAGGUAGUGGGAGCUACAGCGACGGUGGGAGUUACAGCAAUAAAGGUACAAAAGGAGGAAGCUACAAGGAGCCUGGCUACUCAGGUAGCAACAUCAGCCCUCCGUCAAAUGGCUACCUCCCUCCAGUUGGCAA